AUGAAUAAAAUCGCUUUAUUAUUUACUAUCUUCUUUGCUUUGUUUGCAAUUUCAUUUGCAUGCGAUGAAUUCAACCCAAACACUUCAACCAUUGGUGAAUGUACUGCUACUCAAAAAGCCAGUUGGAAACCAACUGAUAACGUUCAAGUUCUCACUCCAGCUGAUCUCGAUCCACAAAAAUUAGGUAUGCACGAAGAACGUAUGGCUUACGUCCUUGCCAUCGCCAAACAACAAAACAAGAAAUUCGUUGCUUCAAUCUACCACCAAAAUGGUACUUUAAUGUGUCUUGGUGUCAACACUGGUAAACCAAAUAUCAUUUCACACGGUGAAAUCGUUGCCAUCAACAACUGUACUGCUUUACACGGUAUCACCUCUUUCACCAACUACACUCUUUACACUUCUGGUGGUAAUGAUUUACUUUGCAAAAUCUGUAUGUCAAACAUCCCAAUGGAUUCCUCAUACAUCUUUGGUCGUUACUAUGGUUUAAGAGCUAGCCCACCAAGAGUUAUCGGUGGUGUCUUACGUACUGAAGCUGACGCCUGGUUCGGUUCAUACUGUAGCAAACCAACUUCAAUCUAUUACAUUAAACCACAAUGUGUCUGUACCAACACUACUUCACCAUUAAAGAUUGAUCAAACUCGUUACUCCUCAUGGUUUGAAAACGGUAAAACUGUCUCUCAAUUCGGUGGUACAAUUACCAACACUGGUUCAGUCACUGUUACCAACCCAACUUUCACCUCUUCUCCAAAUCGUCCAAACUCAAUCUGGGGUCUCUCAGUCAAUGAAGCCACUAACCUCUGGUCACUCCAAUGGUACCCAGUCAUCCAACCAGGUCAAUCCUUCUCUUUCGGUUACAUCAUCGAUGGUGAAGAUACCAUUGCUUUCCAACCAACUGCUUAA